UUGAUUACGAUUGGUAGUUAUUUUUAAAGAGUACCUACUUUCCGUAUUAAAGUGAAACUAAACAUAGAAAUUUUAAUAUAAUAAUACGAGUUCCUUGCUGACAGGUGUGAUACUAAGUUGAAGUGAGAAGUAAGAAAAGGAAGGACACACAAAAUGGCUGCAAAUAUGAAAUUGACAGUGGUCGGGGACGGUGGCGUCGGCAAGAGCUGUUUGCUGAUUUCUUACACUACAAAUGCAUUCCCAAACGAGUAUGUACCGACCGUGUUUGACAACUACAGUGCAAAUAUCAUGGUUGAUGGGAAACCCAUCUGUCUUGGUUUAUGGGAUACCGCUGGUCAAGAAGACUACGACCGGCUUCGACCACUUGCUUACCCACAGACAGAUGUGUUCUUUGUCUGUUAUUCCGUUGAAAGUAGGAGUUCAUUUGAAAAUAUUUCCUACAAAUGGAUGCCGGAAGUACAUCAUCAUUGCCCAAGCGUUCCUUUGGUGCUUGUUGCUUGUAAAAUAGAUCUAAGAGGAACAAGUUCAAGAAAAGAUAUGGUCAGCUACGACGAAGGUCUCGCAUUAGCUAAAAAACUGGGAAUGAGAUUUUGCGAGACCAGUGCAUUAACACAACAAGGCUUGAAAAACUGUUUUGACGAAGCUAUACGAAGUGCAUUAAAUUGUCAGACAAGCAAGAAGAGGAAAGGUGCAAGUUUUUUUGGCAGUAAAAAGAAAGAGAUCCCAAAUCCGCCUGUUAUGCCACCUACUGGUAACUUUUUACAAUUUAAUAUUACAUUCUACUUGUUUUUUUGUUAAUUUGACACAUGUUUGACAUCGUUUUCAAUAGUAUUUCAAUUUCAGUCAAGUAUACAGUAUAUGCGGUGUUACAGGAUUCCUACUAUUU